UGAGCUGCUACGACAAUGGCUGCUGCUGUUGUUUCACUUUUCACUCGGUGACGCCGGAGGACCGCAGUAAUCUCGUUCUCCGGGAGUCCGAGCGGCCCGUCGCCGCCACGCACCGCCCAGCGGCAGCUAACGCUAACCGGUUAUCUCCACUAAGUUGUCGGUUACCGCGAAGUUACGUCGUUUUAAGGGUCAAGGAUUCUCGCAGGCUGUAAGUGGGUGACAUGGCAACCGGAGGAGCUCCAUUUGAUGACAGUGCAGAGGAGCUGCACAACUGGACGGCUCCCAAUGGCAGUCUGGAAGACAGACUAAACAACAUGAACUGGGGGAUCCAGCAAAAGAAAGCUAACCGGUCUUCAGAGAAGAACAAGAAAAAGCUGUCUGCAGCGGUGGUGGAGAGCCGCCUCACUAAUGAUAUUUCGCCCGAGUCCACGCCAGGGGCUGGCCGCAAGAGAGCGCGCACUCCUCAUUCCUUUCCCCAUGUCAAAUACACUACCCAGAUGUCUGUUCCUGACCAGGCCGAACUGGACAAGCUACGGCAGAGGAUCAAUUUCACCGACCUGGACGAGCGGAGCAUCGGCAGCGACUCCCAGGGACGCGUCACCGCUGCCAACAACCAGCGGCAGAUAGCCGGAGAGAACAAGAAGCCUUACAACUACCUGCCUCUGCAUGUCAACACUAACAAAAGCAAAGAGCUGCUCCAUCCCUCCGCUUCUGCUCCAGCUACGCCGGCUAUCAAGGAGUCGAAGAAGCAGAGUCCGGGACGGAGGGAAACGUUAAGUCCCGCCGUUCCUCACAAGGAACCUCCGAGGAUGAGCCGAAGCGGCACGGAGAGAACCCUUCUAGUGCAGAGAGAGUAUGGGAGACAAGAGCCCAGAGUAGACAGCAGCCAGGUGGUGAGCAAACUGGUCCAGAUUCGGGACUACAUCAGUAAGGCUAGCGCCAUGAGGGACGAUCUGGUGGAAAAGAACGACGUUCCAGCCAACGUUGAGCGUCUUUCUUACCUCAUCGACGACCUCAAGGAGCAGGAGAAGUCCUAUUUACGGUUCUUGCAGAAAGUGCUCGCCCAGGAGAGUGACUGUGAUGUCGGGACCCUCGACUCUGCCGUCGGCUCAGGGUCACUGGCAGAGAGCUCUUCCCUUAACAUAGAAGUUCAGUCAUCAGACGCUUCUAACAUAACAGGCGGUAGGACAGAAUCUGUGCGCGCUGACCAGAAGGAAGAGCUGGAGAAUCUGCGUAAGCAGCACGAGCUGCUGAAGAAGAUGCUGGAGCAGCAGGAACAGCUGCGAGCCCUGCAGGGACGGCAGGAAGCGCUCAUGGCCAUGCAGCACAGUGCAGAGCAGGCGCUCGCCGUGAUCGAAGACACAGUUGUGACUGAAACCACCGGCAGUGUUUCCGGCCUGAGCAUCACGUCGGAGCUGAACGAAGAGUUAAAUGAGUUGAUUCAGCGUUUCCACAACCAGCUGCACGACUCUCAGACUAAAGCGGUGCCAGAUAACCGCCGUCAGGCACAGACUCUCUCCCUCUCCGGAGAGGUCUCCUCGUCCUGGUCCCGGCCCGCCCACGCCGUUGGUCCACCUCAACACAGGCCGCUCCUUCACUCCGCUUCGGGCCCGCAUGCUGGGCUAGACGCCGACGGAGCGACUGCCAGUGCCAAACUCACCAAGUUACAAGAGCUUCAGGACAAAAAGCAGACCAUGGACAAGAUUCUGCAAGAGCUGCAUUCACUCCGAGACCAGACCCUGAACAAUAACUCAUGUCGUGGCUUGUCAGCACAGGGCAGCACGAGUAUAGGAGGAUCUUCGGAUUGUCCGUCAGCUCUCUGCUCAAACGCAGCCUCGGCCUCUUCCUCCUUUCAGCCUUUAUUUACUCAACAGGACAGCUCCGGUUCUGACAAGCUCAGGAAGCUAAAGGAAGUCCAUAAGCGCCUUAAUGAACUGAGGGAGCUGGUCCAGUACUACGAGCAGACCUCUGAUAUGAUGGUGGAUGCCGUCAAUGAGAACGUGAAAGAGGUUGAUGACGAGGAGGAGGAGGAGGAAGACGAGACGGAGGAUGGAUCCAUGUUUGAAACGGUGUUUGAGUUGGACCAUGAGAAUCACCAGCCUGUGGCAAACAUUAGAAACCCUCCGCGCAGCAGCAACUGGGGCGAUUUGAACAGCCUGAGCAACGGGCGCGGCGCCAGGGGUGGCACAACGAACAACCAGGACGGUAGACUCAACACGGAAAUCAACAACCGAGCCGCAGCCAACCUCCGCAGCCUCAACGUCGCCACGCCCAUAGAGUGCCAGUACAACAGGGACCGUUCCUACGAUGAGGUGAAGGAUGAAGACGAUGACGAAGACUGCAUUGAUAACGACGGGGGACCACAGGCCAUGCUUCCAGACAGCGUGUCGGAGUCGAGUCGAGGCAGCAGCUUUGGGAACAACGCAGGCUUCCCUCCGAAGGUUCACCGGCAGACAGCAAAGCAAAAGCUGAGGCAGCUGCAGGAGCUGGUGGCCAUGGUUCAGAGUGAUGACACCGACGGGACCACAGCUAAUGACGAUGAAGCUUUACACCAGCAGCCAAACAACACCAGGCCGACGGUGUGCGGGGCUUCAGGGGCGGCAUCCAGGCAGAGCCCCAGAGAUCUGGCGCUUUCCAGCAAGGCCAGGGAAAAGUUGUAUGAGGAGAAGUUACGUCAGCAGAAGCAGGAGUUGAGGCAGCUCCAUGAAGAGCGACAGAGACUCAUAGAAAUCCAAGGCAAGAUCCAGGAUCUGCAGUGGGCCUGCCCCGACCAUCCGUCAUCUGUGUCGAGCACAGCCAGUCAGCAGGGUCUGCUGAGGAAGGCUCCGGUGGCAGCAUCCACCCCUGCCAACGUCAAAGCUUCUUCAUCCUCUGGACCCAAAACCAACUUAGCCGUGCUCAAACCCACCGCGCCGGAGGCGGCCGCUUCUUCCGUCACUGACAACGAGCUGUGGUCCGAAAUGCGGCGGCGGCAGAUCCUACGAGAAGAUCUGAGGCAGCGGCGAAAGCACCUGGAGUCCCUGAUGGCUGAACAGCAGAGACGCAGCGGCCUCUGUGACUCCCCCUGCCAGCUGGAGGACCAGGAGGGCAGCGCCACCCUGUCGCAGUCUGUCAACAGGGACGAACGAACCAUGGCCACGUGGGGGUCCAGUCCUUGCAACCUGGAUGAAGAUGACGAUGAGGACAACGACGAAGAGGAGGACUAUCACUCAGAGAUCUGCGCUGAGGAGGAAGAGGAGCAGGAUGAGUGCACAGAGAGCAGCCCCGACGACGACCUCCACCUUUACACGCCAAGCAUGAACCAGGCGUCCUACAGCAGCAGGAAGAAUCAGGGAAGCAACCUGAAGCCUCCGGCGGCCUAUUCCGGCGACAUUGACGGCCAUCUUCACAACGAGACGAAGGCGAAGCAGCAGAGCCGGAGUCUGAACCAGUCGUCGGGCCAGCAGGGAGGAGUUCGUCGACAGGAGAACCUGCGCUGGGCCUCUGAGCUCUCCUUCGCCGAGGGAACGUGUCAGUGGCAGGAGCAGAUAAACCAGCUCCAGAGACAGCUGGACUUCAGCACCAGCAUGUGUCAAACUCUGCUGCAGGACCAGCAGACGCUGUCCUACAUGUUACAAACUCUGCUGACGGGUCACUACGGCGUCUUGCCCAACAACGUGUCCUCGCCUCAAGUCCACCUGGUGAUGCAUCAGCUUAACCAGUGCUACACCCAGCUGGCCUGGCAGCAGAACAACGUUCAAAGACUGAAACAGGUUCUGAACGAUCUGAUUCAGCAGCAGCAGCAGCAGCAGCAGCCCUCUUCCUCCUCAGCAGGCGGAUGGCAGACCCAGAAACAGAGCUCAGCCCAGGAGUCCAGCGCCAGCCCCUCAGCCUCCCCCGGCGUCUUCCUUCCCUUUCACUCUGCGAUGCAACCUUCAGCCGGCAACAUGGCCGCCGCUGCCUUAUCUCCAUUCUCUCCCAGCUUCAACCUGUAUCCGACGUUCCCUGCCGCCAUGGGGGAGUUUCCUCAGAGUCCGGCUUCCCCCGAACGACAAAAGCUGGGUCAGAAUUCGUCGGUCAAAACCGAGUACCUGGGUUAUCCUCCUCCACUGCAGCGCUCUCCCCUCAACACAGCCACAGAGAGAGGAUCCGCUGCACGGCUGAACACGUCCUACGCGAACAACAUCGCACGGCACCCCCCGUCUAAAGCAGGGCUGCAAGACUCUCCUUUCUCCUCCCCCACUUUUACCAAACGCCAGUCGAGGCCGCAGGAGUUUGACAAGGCGUUGCAGGAGAGCUUUUGCAGCAUUCCUGAAGCUGUUGAUCCCGCCACGGUCACAAAGACCUUCGAGGCGGGUAAAAGGGCGUCUGCACAGGCCAACCUGGCCUCGCGGAGCAAAACUCCCAAGAACAGACGCAGGAGGAGCAAAGGGCAGCACAAGAGCAGUGACGGUCCAGAUAGUGACAGCUGCAGCAGCAGUGCAGAGUUCGCCCAGGAGAGGGCGCCCUCGUCUCAUCACAAAGACCAGAAUCAGAUUCUGUUGGACAAACUGACUCGAGAGAAACUGGACAGCAAGACCAAGCCUGGAAACAAACGAAACGACCUCUCCUCUGCUUAUGCUUGGAGAACACCUUUCCUCUCUAACAGAAUUGCAUGCACAGAAGCUCCAGAUGCGAGCAGCGACUUCUCCUUGUUCGAGGCUCUGCGGGAGACGAUUUACUCGGAGGUGGCCACGCUGAUUUCCCAGAACGAGUCGAGGCCCCACUUUCUCAUCGAGCUCUUCCACGAGCUGCAGCUGCUCAACACGGACUACCUACGCCAGCGGGCUCUCUAUUCGCUGCAGGACAUUGUGACCAAGCACCUGGCAGUGAGGCGCGCCGCGGAGGAUCAGCUGCCGCCCCUUGGCUUUGUAGUGUGGACAGCAGGUUCUCAGUCGGAGCUCACGCCCAGCCAGAGUCUGAUCACCAGCGAUGAAGAGGUGUUGGAGAAGAACCUGAGGCAUGCACAGGACCUGAAGAGGCGAGAAGAUGCAGAAUCCAUCGACAACGACAGCAACAUGUCCACCUCCUCCAACCUGGAGCCGUUUGCUAAUGAUGACCUGGGCAACACGGUGAUUCAUUUAGACAAAGCUCUGGCACGGAUUAGGGAGUAUGAGCGCAUGAAGCUUAAAGCCCAGUUUAACCCUUUCAACGCCGGCCCUGCAGGUGCAAGCAGGUCCGAGGUGACAAAUGCUAACGGUGCUUCAGCUAACCCCGCUGACCCAGUGGAAGAAAGUGCGGCCAACGGUGUGCACUGCCCUCAGAUCGACACCCAGCAGCUGGAUCGGCAGAUUAAAGCCAUCAUGACAGAAGUCAUUCCCUUCCUCAAGGAAAACAUGAACCAGGUGUGUUCCCAUCAGCUGCUGACAUCCGUGCGCCGCAUGGUGUUGAACCUCACCCAGCAGCGCGACGAGAGCAAGGAGUUUGUUCGCUUUUUCCACAAACAGCUGGGAGGCAUCCUGCAGGAAUCUCUUGGUAAAUUUGUGGGCCGUACCCUAAAGGACUGCGGGGAGGACCUGUUGGUGGAGAUUUCAGAAAUCCUCUUUAAUGAACUGGCCUUCUUUAAGCUGAUACAGGAUCUGGACAACAGCAACAACUCCGCUGAUCUGGGAGCAAAAUACAAAAAUAAGAAAAAAGUGGCACAUCUCUGUAAAACAAAACAUAACCCAGAGGAGAAUAAUGAACCUGGCGCUGCUAAAUCACUUUCUCCUGCAUUCGCUGAUGAAGACAAGGAUCAAGAUGAAACAGAAAAGCAAGAGUCUGCUUCCUUCCAGGAGAAUUAUCUGCAGACAGAGGCGAGGAGCAGCAGCGAAGCUUCAGAAGGUGAAGAGGAGGAAAGACGUGAAAACGUGUUACCUCUCUCAAUCAGUCUGUCUAAAGCAGAAACUCAGGCUCUGACAAACUACGGCAGCGGCGAGGACGAGAACGACGAGGAGGAAAUGGAGGAGUUUGAGACGGGACCCGUAGAUGUCCAGACCUCGAUGCAGGUUUCCGCUGACGGACAAGCAGCGCAGGAAGGCGGCGCCACGGCAACAACGAGCAGCGAAGCUGACCAGAAAAACCCAGAACAGAACAGCUCAGAAAAUAAAGAGAUCAACAACUCAGCCGAAACCUUGGAUUCCUCAGUUGAAGAGCGUACGCUCGUGGAGGCCCAGAACCCAGAGGAGGAGCGUGAAGUCGGGGUUCCUGCCGCCGCCGGGCGCUCCGACGCGUCCCCGGACGUCGGCAAGGAGUCGACCAGCAGCAGCCCCAACACAGACUCGCCUGUCCUGGUCAACGCCGACGAGAUCGGGUCGGGCAACACGAGUCAAAAGUCUGACGAGGACGACUUCGUCAAGGUGGAUGACUUACCGCUGCAGCUGACGGUGAUGUGUGAGGAGGAGCUUCAGAAGAGAAUCGUGGAGGAGCAGCAGAACAACAACCUCUCCGUGGAGAUCCUGAACGGCAACGCUGAGCUGCUGACCGGGCUGGUGGGGAACGCACAGGCGCUGAAGGAACCAGAGACCCCCGAUGCCCAGAACAUGUAGAGGAAGCAGCCGACGUCUCACACUGCUGUUUUUUAGAAGGAAAUCCUCCCGCCGCCAGUGUUUUUUCUAAUCUGCUCGUUUAAAGGGGCAAAGUUACAAGUUGGCUGUGAAUCUUUAAAGAAGCGCAACACUAUAAGUUCAUUCUUUAAUGUUGUAAUUUUCUGAUCUUUGUUGCGUUUUUUUUUUUUUUUUUUU